UCACAAACAUCCCAUUACUUAUCAAUCAUCUUCUCUCUCAUUCCCUUAUGAACUUAAAACCUCUUUCUUUAUUUCAGAAAUUUUUUGAAGCAGAGGAAAGCUUCAAUGGCUGAAAAAGAAGGAGACUUGAACAUGGAUAUCAAUGUUUCAUCUAAUAAUAAAGUUGCUGAUAUUGUUUGGAUUUGGAUUAUUGAAGCUCUGGCAAGCUUUAAAGAAGUGAACUUUUCACUUCUAAAUGAUUUAGUGAAAGCAGCUCCUGAAAUUCCAGAUGAUGAUUUGGGUAAAAAUGCAAAAGAGAUGGUUGCUUUUAGAAGCUUAGAGACUUUGUUUGAAAGAGUUAUGACUCCUUCUCAUGAUCAAUCUCAACAUUCCAAACUCAGUACUUUUGAUUUCUCACUAAGUUGUGAAAAUGUUCUAACUCAGAUUCUCAAUGAGAGUUCAGAAUCAUUACAGUUGUCAAAAUGGGAUAUACAACCUUUUCUUAAUCAUAAAAGAGCUUCAAUGGAAAAAUGUACUUUGGUGCAGUUCAAAGAAGCGAUUUUUAAUGAUAGUACUACUACUACUACUACUACUACUCAUCCAUAUGCUGAAAUUUUGAAAGAAAAAGGUGUAUUAGAAUCUAUUUAUAAAGAUGUUGAAUAUGCCAAUUUGAAGAAAAAGUCAAAGUUGUAUGAUGAUGAUGAUGAUGAUGAGGUGAUGAAAAUUGAGAAGAAAAAAACUAUGUUGGAUGAGAUUAGUAUUCCUUGUAAUGUGGUGACUAUUGGUAGAAAAGAAAAUGAUGCAUUGAUUCAUAUGUCUUUGGAGAAUACUAAGGAGUUGAUAAUAGAAAGAGAAGACAAUGAAAAAGAACAUCAUCAAGUUGAAUCCAACAAUGAAGCUAAUGAUGUUGAUGAUCAUUCUCCAAUCAAGUCUGUGAUUCAUUAUCAUUGCAGCAACAUGACAAGUAGUAGUACUCCUCAUCAACAUAGGAGAAAAAGGCUUCACUGGACAAAUGAAGAGUUACACAAACUAAAGGAGGGUGUGAAGAUAUAUUCUGGUAAAAGAAAGAUUCCAUGGAGAAAAAUAUUGGAAUCUAAUAAUGUUUUUAAAAAAGUUCGUACUGCUGUUGAUCUUAAAGAUAAAUGGAAGAAUAUUUGCAAAGCCACAACAGAAUCCAACAAAUGAAAACUAUAUAUAUGUGUGUAAUGUUGCAAUGGCCUUUUGUUUUAGUUUGAAAUUUUGAGUUGACUUUGUUGUAUGUGUUAUUCAAAGUCAUCUAAUUUUGAUUUUGGCCCUGAUGAUGUCUUUUGAUGUAAGAAACCAAUUAAGAUCAGUAGUGAUGUUGUAAUUUUGUAAAUGAUGAUAUGAUUAAUGGUAUGUAUGUUCUUAGAAA